GUGCGGCUUCACGACUCCCGAGACCCUCAGAUGUCAGGGGAGCCCCACAUGGCCCCCCCGAGAGGCGCGGGGAAGCUCGCGGCGGCGCCGGAGCCCUCGCCGCGGCGCGCCCUGGGCCUCGUGGCCGCGGCGGGGCUGGUGGCGAUGGUCUGCCUGGCGCUCGUGGCGGCGGCGCACGGGGGCCGGGGCCGCGGCCACGGGGGCCGGGGCCGCGGCCGCGCGGGGCGGGCGGGGGCCGAGGUGCGCCCCGAGGCGGCGGUGCCGCCGCCGCCGCCGAGCGUCACGGGCGCCUGCGACGCCGCGCAGCUGGAGAGGUCGCUCUGCCCGCUGCGGUCGCUCUUCGUGGACCUCGAAGUCCUCGGCGUGUCCGCCGCCAACAUCAUGGAGGUGGGCAGCGGCUUCCUGAGCGCCGCCGACGAGCGCCUCGUGAGGGACACGGUGGCCCAGGUGUUCCUCGAGGUGUCCAGCAUCCUGCAGAGCCGCGCCGCGCCGGUGGCCCUGGCGCUAGAUCAGAUCGACCUGAGCGCGGAGGAGAAGGAUGCGGCGCUGCUGCACCUGGCUCUGCUCUCGGACCCGGACGUGCGCGGCUUCGGCCUGGAGGUCGCGCGCGCGAUCCGCGAGAGCCCCUCGCCGGAGCCGGACUAUCUGAGGAGCCACAUCCAGGAGCGCCUGGUGCCGCGCCUGCGGGAGCUGGGCGCCUUCGAGGCGGCGGUCGUGCCGGACAGGCUCGUGACCCUGUGGGGGCAGGGCCGGGAGUGGUCCAUGACGCUCGACCCCGUGAACAUCCGGUCCAUGGAGUCCGUCAGCGGGAAGUUCGUGAACUCGUUCCAGCCCAAGAAGGGGCCAGCCGCGAAGCAGAAGGUGGAGGCUGUCCGGGAUGCGGCGCUGGAGAUGGCCAAGUCCCUGCUGGAUUUUCUGCUCCUGUGCAUCAACGACAUGGGUCCGGCUUUCAGCACAGACAUCGGCGACACCAUGGCCGUCGCGGGGGACGCGCCCUUGUCCUGGCCUUGCGAGCUUGACGCCGAGAUGGACACCAACUACGACUUCGACAAGGGCCUGAUCUGCCCGCUCAAGUUCGGCGCACAGGGCCUGGACGCCAUGCGCGUGCUCAGCCAGUCCUAG